AUGGCCUUCAAUGCCUUGCACAACGGGGUCACCAACCACGAUCUAGUGAAGUCACUUGCACUGGACCCGGUGACAACCAUGCCACAGGUACUGGAUUGUUGCUACCAAUACGCCAACAUGUUCGAUAUCAUGAAGGCAAGAAAAGCAGUGGAUGGCAAAGUCCCUGAGAAAAAGAGGGCAAGUGAGAAGGAUGAGAAGAGUAAGGACACCAAGAGAGCGAGGUCAGACAGGGACCAAAGCCCUGACUACACCCCGCUCAACACCACCAGGACCAAGAUCCUCAUGGAGGUCUACGAUCGGGGCCUAUUGCAGUGGCCUAGACCAAUGUUCUCAAAUCCUGAGGACAGGAACAAGAACAAAUACUGCAAGUUCCACAGGGAUGUCGGGCACGAUACCGAGAACUACAGGCAAUUGAAGAGAGAGAUAGAAGAUGUGAUACAGAAGGGUCACCUGAAGCGGUAUGUGAAGGAAGACACAAAGGACAACCCCCGAGGUCGUGACACCAUGAGGAACGUCCGGGGAAGGGAUGACAGAGCUCGUAGAGGAGACGAUCGAGAUCGCCAAGGCAAUCGCCGAGACGAUCAACGAGAGGUCCGUGGAAAUCGGGACGAGGCCAAUACGUCCCCGACCCCUGCCAUUCUCACCAUCCUGGGAGGACCAGGACAGGAGUCAGCCCGCAAAGCCAAGGCGAAAGCGAGGUUCGUGGGAGUGGCCGAGGUCCCCGAGAAAAGAGCACGCACUGAGCCCGAGAUCACGUUCUCGGACAAAGACAUGGAAGGGCUGAGCUGGCCACACGACGAUGCUGUCGUGGUUCAGGUAGUCAUAGCCAACCGACCUGUCCACAGGAUUUUAGUGGACAUGGGCGCAUCUGUAGAUAUGCUAUCCUACGAUGCAUAUUUACAAUUCAGGAUCGAACUGGGCACGCUGAAGCCCGAGGCAGCACCCUUAUACGGAUUCUUAGGCGCACCUGCCCCGAUUGAGGGGUCAGUAGAGCUCUUACUGACGGUGGGAACAGUACCGUGCCAGAAGACCAUAAAGGUCAAUUUCGUGGUCGUUCGAGUAGCCACUGCCUACAACGCCAUCCUGGGCAGACCCAGCUUGAACGAGCUGGGCACCGUAGUUUCCACCAAACACCUGAAAGUCAAGUUCUCCACCCUCAACGGCGUAGGAAAAAUGCCAAACGGAGCAGAAGAAAGCUUGGGAAUGUCACACUGUGUUCCUGAAAGGCAUCAAGGGCAACUAUAG